AUGGCCGUGACUACAAGGAGUGAAAAAGGUGGGGAUGCAACCACCUCAAGUCAAAAGAACAUUGUGGAUGAUGAACAAUUGGUACAAGGAGAUGAGAUGCCAAGCAAUGAAGUGCAAGCAAAUGAUGAGGUGAGAAUUGAUAUUGAAGACCAUGUGGAGGAGAAUCAAGAAGAAGUGAAACCGUCUAGGGAGCACAUUGUUGACAUAUCGGAACUGGUAGUGCCAAAGGCUAAGGCACCAAUGCCAAGGCUUCCUCCUCCGUAUCCUCAAAGGCUUGCCAAGCAAAAUGGUGAGAAUCAAUUUAAAAAGAUCAUUGACAUGAUGAAGAGUUUUUCUAUUAAUGUGUCGUUGGUUGAGGCCUUGGAACAAAUGCCGGGAUAUGCAAAUGCCACAAUGAAUAGUGAGGAUAAUUUGGAAGCUGUUAUGCUCAACCUUGAUAAUGAUGAGGAGAAAGAAGGCUAUGUGGAAUGUGUGAAUGCGUUGCAAGGAAUGGGGUUGUAA